GUAGCCGGCAGCCAAUGAGAGGCCGCCGGGGGGCGUGGCCGAGUGAAUGUAUUAAAAUGACGGAGAAGAAAACUGACUGUUGAGUUUGUGUAUGCGGAGGCUGUGGGAAUUUCGGCCAGAAUAACAACAAACACAAGAAGUUCAUGUUACUCGUUUGUCCCCCCCGUCUUCCAAAAACGCCUAAACUUUCUCACUUUUUCCUUGUGGUCGUCUUCAUGUCAAACAUUUGGCGUUUGGGAGCUAUUCUGGCUGUUCGCAGGAUGGUGUUAGCUAGCAGGGUAGCAGGCUAACGGGCUAGCUGCGCCUGAAAGACUGUCCUUAACCGUUAGCCUAGCUUAGCUUAGCUUAGCUUAGUCUGGCUGGCUACCUACCCUUCCUGCCGUCAGGCUGCAACCAAGGCCAGCCUGCUGAAUAAUUUAAGAGGUUUUCCGAUGGUGGCAAGCGUGAAAUAAGGGACAUCAUGCUACGCUGAGCUUGUUUAGGAGUACGAGGACGUCGCUAUGCCGCUGUUUGUCGCCUGGCUGUCUCCGUUGUGGAUGUAGAGCGUCUUUCUGCCAUGCCACUUUUUGGCCCUCCGUGAUUCUGUGUUGAUGGCACUGAUCCCUCACUGGAGUUUUUAUUCCAGCUGCUGUUUUAUUUUAUUUCCUUUUUUUGGCGCCUGAAGCAUCAACAAUGAAUGUAUGCGUCGCUGCAAAUUUGGCCGGAUACUUGUGAAUUGGAUUUUCCAAGGAGGAGGAAUUUGACAGGAAGCGCCGCCAGGACUGGCCGUAAUUAUUAUUGUUGUUAUUAAUAUUAUUUUAAACAAACUGUUAACACGUAGAGGAUCAUGGCUUCAGUGUGGAAGAGACUUCAGCGCGUGGGAAAACAUGCGUCCAAAUUCCAGUUUGUGGCCUCCUAUCAAGAACUCAUGGUGGAAUGUACAAAGAAGUGGCAACCAGAUAAACUUGUGGUUGUGUGGACGCGCAGGAGUCGGCGGAAAUCCUCCAAGUCACACAGCUGGCAGCCGGGCAUUAAGAACCCGUACCGAGGCGUGGUGGUGUGGCCUGUUCCUGAGAACGUCGAGAUCACAGUCACGCUGUUUAAGGACCCCCACGCCGAGGAGUUUGAGGACAAAGACUGGACGUUUGUUAUUGAGAAUGAGUCUCCCUCAGGUCGUAGAAAGGCUCUGGCCACCAGCAGUAUUAACAUGAAGCAGUACGCCAGCCCGAUGCCCACGCAGACGGACGUGAAACUCAAGUUUAAACCGCUUUCCAAAAAGGUGGUGGCUGCAGCGCUACAGUUUUCUCUGAGCUGCAUCUUCCUCAGAGAAGGAAAAGCAACGGAUGAAGAUAUGCAGAGUCUGGCCAGUUUGAUGAGUAUGAAGCAGGCAGACAUUGGCAACCUAGAUGACUUUGAGGAGGACAACGAGGAAGACGAAGAGAACCGGGUCAACCAGGAGGAGAAAGCAGCCAAGAUUACAGAGUUGAUCAGUAAACUAAAUUUUCUGGAGGAGGAUGAGCAGGUUCAGACCCACUCCAGCUCGAACCCCUUCGAGGAGGCCGAUGACCCUCUGGCUCUGAACCCGUUCGAUGACCCUGACGAGGAAGAAGUGCAGCCCUCCCUGCAGUCCACUCUAAAAGACGAGGAAUCCUCAAACCCAUUCAAUCCAUUUGAUGAGCCUGAACCAGAGCAAGACCAAGACCAGGACCAGGACCCUCAGUAUAAAAACCCAUUUGAUGAGCCAGAGCCUCAAGUGGAGAGCACGCCCCCUAGAGGCAGUGCGAGGAAGAUAGUGCGACCGGUGGACAUGAGCAAAUAUCUGUACGCAGAUAACAGCAAGACAGAAGAAGAGGAGCUGGAUAAGUCGAACCCGUUCUACGAGCCCAAGUCCAGCAGUCCAGCUCAGUCCACUACAGAGGGCAGCACUGAAAAAAACAUGAAACGCCGAGCCCCUCUUCCCCCAGCCGUGACCUCAGUGACCCCCUCCAGCCCCUCAGUGACCCCUAAACCAGCCGUCUCUGACAAGACCCCCAGUGGCCCCGCGGCCUUCCCUGCGCUAGUUGGCAGGGAGCUGGUGUCUUCAUCACCCAAGCCCAGUCCAAUGCCCAGUCCUAUUCUGGGUGGACGGCCAAAUGCCUCUCAGUCUCUGCUGGUCUGGUGCAGGGAAGUGACCAAAAACUACCGGGGCGUGAAAAUCACCAACUUCACUACGUCCUGGAGGAACGGCCUGGCAUUCUGCGCCCUGCUGCACCACUUCAGACCGGACCUCAUUGACUACAAGGCUCUGAAUCCUCAAGACAUUAAAGAAAACAACAAAAAGGCAUAUGAUGGCUUUGCAAGUCUAGGCAUCUCUCGUCUGUUGGAGCCAGCGGACAUGGUGCUGUUGGCCAUCCCGGACAAGCUGACGGUCAUGACGUACCUCUACCAGAUCCGUGCGCACUUCAGUGGUGAGGAACUCAACGUGGUCCAAAUCGAGGCCAACAGCGGCCGCAGCACCUACAAGGUGGGAGACUUUGAGACAGACACCAACAGUUCCAUCGACCAGGACAAGUUUUAUGCCGAGCUAAACAGCGACCUGCACCGAAAUGAAAGUCUUAAACAGCCUGAUGGCAUGGCCGCUAAUGGAGAGGGGGUGGAGCUAGAGGUAGCGUCAGUCACAGGUGCGUCUGUGGGGAUGAGUCUAACAGAAGUAGGCCUAACUUCAGCAACCUCCAGCCCCGCCUCUGUUGUCACGACAACAGCGACUGAUUCGUACCCCAAACCUGCCCCCCGCACCAAAAUAAGCCCAGAUUCAUCGUCUGCCCGACCUGUUGCUUCGGAGACUGAAAAAGCUGGCGCGACGGACAUGACUGACUCACCUGGCCUAAUGGAGAGAGAGAAAGAGAGGGAUGGGGCGCCUCCAGCCAAAGUUCUAGAUAUCCAGCCGAAGCGCCCAGGUUCCCUGCGACCACUCAAGGCCGAUGGUGGGGGUUCAGAACCCGGGACCUCCCCUCCGCACACACAGAAACUGGGUUUCAGCUAUAGUCGAGACGCUGACCUGAGCAAGAAGAAGAGAAGUAGCAUCAGAAAUGCUGAGCUAGAGACAAAGGCCGACAGCAGCCCACUGCAGACCAACCAUAGAGACGCACCUGUCAAACACGCGCAGGAUGUAGCACCUGUACCUGCGUCCAGCACCAACGAGGAGAAGAAGGUGCAGUCUCGUCAGGAGGAGCUGAAGGAGAGGGCGCGGUUGCUGCUGGAACAGGCUCGCAGGGACGCCGCGCUGAAGGCCAAAAACAAAACCGUCCCCAACGCCACCUCACCCACACGCCCACCACAAAUUAUCGACGAGCGUGAUGAGGAGCGGCGGAGGCAGCUGAGGGAGCGAGCGAGGCAGCUGAUAGCGGAGGCUCGUUCUGGAGUGAAGAUGGCAGAGUUUCCUCUGGCCUCAGACACGGCCACCGCUGCAGCGGAGUUCAAAGGAAGGUCAAAGGCAGCUGGAGACGUGGUAGACGUGGUGGAUGGGGUCUGUGUUGAUGGUGAGGAGGAUGAGGAGGAGGGGAGGGCAGAUGAUGAAGAGCAGGUGGCAGCAUCUCCUGAUGAUGAUGAUGAUGAUGUCACUGGUGGUCAGAAUGAGGAGGAGCCCAUGGCCUCCUGUCUGAUGGAGGAGGACUUUACUAACUCUGCCACUGACCUGGCAUCUCUGGGAGUAAUGAACAGUAGGCAUGUGGACCUGAAGCUGAAGAAGCUGACGGACGCUCGGCCACAGGGCGGAAGCUCGCCUUCAUCCUCUUCCUCUUCCUCCUCCCUCACAGCCUCCACCACCUCUCCGCUCAGCCCAGGGGAGGGGCCUGAGCUGGGCAUUCAGAAUAACGCGGAUGAGCUGAAAGCGGAGCGUCUGAGGAGAGCGACGGAGCGUCUGAAGAAUCCCGUGGUGUUCAGUAAGGAGUCUGCAGUGCGGAAGACGCAGCUCAAGUCCUUCAGCCAAUACGUGGAGACCCGGCCAGAGGUGAGGAGGCAGAGGUCAGUGCCUGAGGAGCUGAAGCGAGUGAGUGAGGAUAGAGGAGGCUUUUUGGACACUGAGGGACGAAGGCCAACUGAAGAAGAGCAGAACGUGUUCAGAGACACCAGUCAGUAUGUGGUUGGUGAGCUGGCGGCUCUGGAGAGUGAGCAGAGGCAGAUUGACUCGCGGGCGGCUCGUGUGGAGAAGCGUCUGCGCUAUCUCAUGGACACAGGGAAGAAUAAGGACGAGGAGGAGGCCAUGAUGCAGGAGUGGUUCACACUGGUCAAUAAGAAGAAUGCUCUGAUCCGCCGCCAGAACCAGCUCUCUCUGCUGGAGAGGGAGCAUGAUCUGGAGAGACGCUUCGAGCUGUUGAACCGGGAGUUAAGAGCAAUGCUGGCGAUUGAAGACUGGCAGAAAACUGAGGCCCAGAAGCGACGGGAGCAACUCCUUCUGGACGAGCUGGUCAUACUGGUCAACAAGCGUGACGCACUGGUCCGAGACCUCGAUGCCCAGGAAAAAGAGGCGGAGGAGGAGGAUGAGCACCUGGAGAGGACUCUGGAACAGAACAAAGGAAAGAUGGCUAAGAAAGAAGAGAAAUGUGUCCUUCAGUGAUCGUCAAUUCCGAUGUGACAAAAACUCACUAAAAAUACUAAGGAUGAAAAGAAGAGUGUUCACUACAGUUUCAAGCAAUGUAUUACUAUCAUACUGAGCAUUGUGUAAACACUUAUUACAUUAAUAUUAACUUUAAAUGAAACUUUGGUCAGCAUUUUCAGACCCAGACUGGUGGGUAGUUUUCUCGCCGGUGCCUCGGGUUUUUCCUUUAUACUGAGAGAUUACAUUUCACCAACACUAAUAGACCAUUAUUUUUCAUUUGGUUUCGGUUGCGCUAGUAAGCAAGGUACUUUAAUGUGCUAAAAGCAUAACCAAGCAGAAAGCUUUCUGAGAUGAAUAACUACAUACUGACCAAGAGAGAAAGCACCACACCGGACAUGCUGACUUUUAAAUCAAUGACGUUUCAAGCGCACAUAGCCUUCAACCUUGGGAAUGUGUGGUAAUUUCCCAUUGGAGAUUAUGACUGAAAACUUUUUAGGUACACUAUGUUGUUUUAUAGGGA